AUGUCUUUUAAGAAGGACACACCGCUGGCCAACGCCGUGUUCUGGGCGGCCCACAAGGGGAACGUGGCUCUCCUCCAGCUGCUGCUCAACAGUGGACGAGUGGAUGCAGACUGCAGGGACAAAAGUGGAACAACAGCACUGAUGGUGGCGUCCUACGGCGGGCACAGAGAGUGUGUUAAACAACUUAUCAUGCAAGGAGCUGACAUCAACUACCAGAGAGAGACAGGCUCUACAGCUCUGUUCUUCGCUUCCCAGCAAGGUCACAAUGACGUUGUCAGGCUCCUCUUUGAAUUCGGUGCCUCUACCGAAUUCCACACCAAGGAAGGAGGCACCGCGCUCACCGCCGCGUCACAGCACGGACACGCCGCCGUGACGGAAACACUUCUGAAGAAUGGCGCCAAUGUCCACGAUCAGCUGAAUGACGGGGCCACGGCUCUUUUCCUCGCAGCUCAGGGCGGUCAUGUGAUUGUCACCCGUCAGCUGUUGGCAUCAGGCGCCAAAGUCAACCAACCAAGAGAGGAUGGUACUGCCCCCCUGUGGAUGGCAGCUCAAAUGGGACACAGUGACGUGGUCCGAGUACUUCUCUUGCGUGGUGCAGAUCGAGACGCCUAUAGAGAAGACGGUUCCACAGCAUUAUUCAAAGCAGCAAUGAAGGGACACAGCAGUGUCAUCGAGGAGCUCCUCAAGUUCUCUCCUUCACUCGGCCUUCUCAAGAAUGGCUCCACAGCCCUCCACGCUGCUGUUGUCGGCGGUAGCGUCCAGACUGUUCAGCUUCUCCUCAGCGCCAAUGCCGACCCAGCACUUGCCAACGAGAACGACCAACUCCCAGCUGACCUUGCCAAAAACCAACGCAUCUUGAGGGUAUUGCGUCCAAAAGUCUUGAAUGCUACGACGGAUGACAAUCGUUGUUCCUUUCUCCGUGUCUGCCUGUACUGA